AUGAUCUGGAUUUUACUAUUUGCAUUGGUUGUAGCGGCCCUAGAACCAAAAGAUAGGAUAAUAUUUGAGCCGGCUCAAAUACCAUGGGCACAAAUCCCCAAUUAUCUCACAUCGAAUGAAGGAUAUGAGGUAAUGAAACUCCAGAACCUGUCAUAUUUGUGUAAAGUACCCACCACACACAUCCAACUAUCGCGACCUCCCCCGCUGACACCAGAGUCCAAAAACCAAAGCUUGAACUUGAUUAAAGAGAAUCUUGAUAACGGAGAUUGUGUAUUUGCAUUCAAUAUUCAAGGUGCUUAUUGGACUGUGGGUUUUUGCUUUGGCGACAAGGUCAUACAAUUCCAUGAGGAUAUCAAGGACUUUAAAAGUGGCAACCACCGACCCCAAUUGCCAAAUCAUAUCUAUGUACUAGGCAAAUUCCCAAAUACGGCCCCUUACAAAAAAGUGCGACCAAAGAACCAGUUGGGUAUUACCAAAGCAGUUGAGGUUGACCCAGACGAUUUCACAGUUGUUGAUGGCGAGUUUAGUUACUUUGAAGAUAAUCAAAGAUUUAUUAAGCACACACUUUACGGUGAUAUUUGUGAUUUAACUUUGCUGCCUCGAACGAUUGAUGUAGUUUACAAAUGUGCCGAGCAAUACAAAAUUAUUGACUUUCAAGAGACCAAGACAUGCGAAUAUCAAAUAGUUAUUGGCGUGCCAAAACUUUGUGAGCUAGAAGAGUUCCGCAAGGUUGAAGAGAAUGUACUGGAUAUUAAAUGUAAGCUGAUUGAAGGAAGUCAAGAGAAAUUAGACUUGAGUAAAUACACGCUAAAACCAAUGAACAAAGGUGUAUAUUGGGGAGCGAGAAGUGGCUAUCCUAAUAUUGCGGUGACACUCGAGCCACUUGAUUUAAUCCAAUUUGGGAAAUUCGUCGUGUCUUCAUUAGAAAAGAUACCGGGUCCAGAGUAUAGUCCCAAAACCGGUCACCUCAAGUGGUCGGAUUCUUUCACAUACUUGGUUGAACAAUAUGACUUGUUUGGAAAUUUCCAUGGAUUGUUUGAGAUCAUCAAUGAUGCGAGUGAUCCAAAGCACGAAAUACUGAUUGAGCAAAUUGAGCCUCGUCCGUUUCACACUAAUCUCGAAGAUUUUUUUAGAGCAAAACAAUAA